GUUCAGGCCGGGCCCUCACGGCACCGGCGGCGCCCCGCGGGACGCAUCGCUGCGCCGGCGAUCGACUCGGCGUGCCUGCGGCGCGGCGCGGCUGCGGGGGCGGCGCAUCGGGCGGCCGGGGAUGUAUUAGCCGCGCCUGGGAAGAUGGCGGCCGCGGAGCGAGCGGAGCAGCCGGGGCAGGCUGGCUCCUGCCCUGCGACCGAGAGCGCCGCGUCUCGGGAGCCGCUGAUUGUGACAGCAGUGAAAUUUUUACAGAAUCCACGAGUCCGCCAAAGUCCUGUCGCAACCAGAAGAGCAUUCCUGAAGAAGAAAGGCCUGACAGAUGAAGAAAUCGACCUGGCUUUCCAGCAGUCGGGCACGAGCGCGGAUGAGCCGCAGUCCCCAGGUCCUUCCACACACCCGGUGCCAGCUCAGCCUCCUCACCCCGUGGUGUAUAGUCCCCCUGGCUCCAGAUGGCGAGAUUAUGGGGCUUUGGCUAUCAUCAUGGCAGGAAUUGCCUUUGGAUUCCACCAGCUCUACAAGAAAUACCUGGUCCCUCUCAUCAUGGGCGGCAAAGAAGACAGGAAACAACUUCAGAGGAUUGAGUCGAACAUUGCUGAGAUGAGUGGCAGUGUGACACAGACAGUGACUCAGUUACAAACAACCUUAGCAGCUGUCCAGGAGCUGCUGAUCCAGCAGCAACAGAAAAUCCAAGAGCUCACCCAAGAACUGGCUGCUUCUAAGGCCACAACUUCCACCAACUGGAUUCUGGAGUCGCAGAAUAUUAAUGAGUUGAAAUCUGAGAUCUACUCUUUAAAAGGACUUCUCCUGAACCGGAGGCAGUUCCCUCCCUCCCCUUCAGCUCCCAAGAUCCCGUCGUGGCAGAUCCCGGUGAAGCCGAGCUCACCCUCCAACCCUGUCGUUGCCAACCACAACAGCAGCAGUGACAUCUCCCCCGUCAGCAACGAGUCCACCACGUCCUCCCCCGUGAAGGAGAGCCACAGCCCCGAGGGCUCCAAGGUCAGCUGCCACCUGCUCGGCCCCGAGGAGGCCACCAAGGCCAUCGACGUCACCAGCCAGGUGCGCAUGGAGGUGCAGGGGGAGGAGGAGAAGCGGGAAACCAAAGGGAACGACGAGGAGGAAGAGGACGAUGAGGAUGAUGAUGUUAGCCAUGUGGAUGAGGAGGAAUGUCUGGGUGUGCAGACUGAGGACCGGCGAGGAGGGGAUGGGCAGAUUAACGAGCAGGUGGAAAAGCUACGGAGACCUGAGGGGGCCAGCAACGAGAACGAGAUUGACUAAGGCAUCCCGGCUGCUGCUGCUGCUGCUGCUGCACAUCUCCCCCAGCCUGCUGCACUGUCCCAGUGCCUCUCCCAUUUCGUGGAGAGAGCAGCUACCAUUCCCUGCAGUGAUCCCCCCUUGAUUGACCUUGAGCAGGGUCGUGAUUGCUCGCUGAACAGCUGAUUGCCCUGUUUCAGCACAGGGCUUUGCAGCCUUGCAGCGGCUCCUUCUCCCCGCCCAGCCCUUCCUCCCUGAGCUGGGGUCACUGCAGGGCUGCAGACCGAUGGCCUUACCAUGCACCACACUGCAGAGUACGCCCUCUUACAGAAGCAGUUGGCCUCUUGCUGCAUCCUAGAGCCCUUCUAUCCAAUUUCAGAAACCAGUCUGUCCUGAGCUCCUUGAUUUCGCAAGCCUUUAAUCCCACAUAAGGCCCAACCAGUUCUCUGUUUCCCAAAAUAGCCCUGUUUUAUUUCUCAAACUACUUGAUACUCUGUUGCAAAAAAAAACAAAAACAAACCCAACCAACCAAA